CACGUUGAUAUGAUUAAAAAUGGUAGCUUAACGCAGAAGCUCCUGUGCUUUAUCUUUGUCGACUGUUGUAAUAAAGAACUUCAUUUAAGUUAAACAAAAAAAAUGGGCAAAAAUAUUAGAACUUUUAUACAAAAUCAAGCCUUAAAAAUAUUUAUUUGGACGGUAUGGCUUGGCGUCAAUAUCUAUCUAUUUACGGACACGUAUCUGCUAUACAGAAAUUCGGAUAAAUACCACUACCUAUAUAUGCUGCUGAAGGAUUCCAUAUGUUUGUCUCGAGCAUGCGCAAUGGCAUUAAAUUUCAAUUGUGCUUUGAUCCUUAUCCCUAUGUGCCGGACGGUGAAUUCAUUUGUGAGGACCAAAAUACUCAAGUAUAUACACAGCAAUCCAAGACGUUUGAUCAACCAUAUGAAGGGACUUCACAUUAUGUGUGCAUUUACGAUAUGCGUCCUUGGGGUUACACAUUCAUUGUCUCACUUGGUAAAUGUUAUGCGAUUUCGCAUGAAUUAUACAAAGGUUGUGGAAGACUUAAAUCCUAAUAAAAAUUCGAAAGAGGAUACGACGUUGUGGUUUUUCUUAACUGAAGUUGCUGGUUGGAGUGGUAUUGUCAUGUUGUUGGUCCUUUCAGCGGUGGUUUUAACAUCAUUUCAAGCAGUUCGUCGAAAACAUUAUGAAAUAUUCUGGUACACACAUCAUCUAUCCUUGUGUUUCUUAAUUCUCGUGGGAAUCCAUGGCCUAGGUGGGAUAACAAAAUGGCAAUCAAAUUUAAACGAACAUCCGCGCAGAUGUCAAAGCCUUGAUUAUAAAACAUGGAUGAACAAAACCAUGCAUUGUGAACCUCCUAAGUUUGAACCUAAUGGCGCACAAACAUGGAAGUGGCUGAUUGGUCCAUUUUGCUUGUACAUUAUUGAUCGUAUAAUUCGAUGGUACAGAGCAACCCGCAAUGUUACCAUUGCUAAGGUAACUCUACAUGAAGGAAGAGUGAUUGAGUUGCAUAUGUUGAAGAAAGGUUUUAAAGCUAAACCUGGACAUUAUAUACUUGUCCAAUGUCCGGAUAUCGCAGAAUUUGAAUGGCAUGCAUUCACUCUUAGCAAGAUUCCAACUGCUAAGGAAGGUGAUGCCGCCACAUUUUCCGUGCAUAUAAAAGUUACCGGUAACUGGACUGAACUGUUAAAAGAAUUGUUGCUGGAGAGUUGCGAGGAGAAUGGUGUCGAGCUUAAGAGAGUUGGGGAUAGCUGUGUAAUGAAAGUUGAUGCGGAGUGGACGGAGUCUGCUUGCAGAGGAGCCCUUCCAAUUAUUAGAGUUGACGGUCCGUACGGUAGUCCUAAUGAGGAUUCCUUCAGGUAUCCAGUUAAUGUCAGUGUAGCUGCUGGUAUUGGAAUUACACCAUUUGCUUGUGUGUUGAAUUAUUUAAAAUAUUUAGACCCAACAAAUUUGAACAAAAAAUUUAAGAUGAAAAGAAUCUACCUUGUGUGGGUUUGUCGAGAUAUAAAAGAAUUUACAUGGUUCCUGGAACUCAUGUCUGAUACCGUGAAACACCUGGAAUCGAUUAAUAUGCCAGAUAUGCUUGUCUGUCAUUUAUACGUCACACGUGAUUCGAAGCUUACGACAGACGAUCCUUCCAUGAUUGAUCAGAGAAUGCAAUGGUUUCAAAAGCGGCUGAAUUACGGAAGACCUAAAUUCGACGAAAUCUUAAAAACAAUAGCACAGAGCUAUAACAAAACAAGAAUUGGCGUGUUUUUCUGUGGACCAAACCCGCUAGCACACGCUUUAUAUGAAGCUUGCACCGUCACGAAGGACCGCGAAAACUCUUUUAUAUUCCACAAAGAAAGUUUUGCAUAAACAUGAAGGAAGAAAAUCAAAUUACGUAACAAAACAGGACUAUCUUUCGGUCGAUCGACGCAAUAUCCGUGUAAAUAAAUAUUCAUAACAAGAAUAAAAACUGAAUAUACAUAUUGUUUCGGUUACGGUAUUUUAAUAUACUUUUUUGUAAAUUUUAAAAUUUUAUUUCUAGGAAAAAUAUGCUCGAACACAA